AUGGAAUCGUAUCAUAGAUCUGGGGAAUCUACAUCAAUUUCAGAUCUAUCUAAACCCGCUAGUUUAUUGGACAGACUUGGUAACAAGUGGAUUUCUGCAUCCGGAUCAAUGGAUGACAUUCCAUUGGCACAAAAUAGUAGCGAUAUAUUUGGCGAAACUGAUGGUUCUCUUGAUCGUGACAUAGAUCCUUUGGGUACAGGCCACACAAAACUCCGUCGACCUAUGAUUUCCCAACGAACCAUCUACCAUCGAUCGAGCUUGGACUGGUUUGUGCGUCAUGUCAGUCGUGUAGUUUACAAUGAUACUCUUGGAAACCGACUUCCUGAUAUGGAUUAUUUGGAUUGGCUUCUUGAGCAAGAAUUUCCCGAUAUGGAUUUGGUCAAGCCAUCUGGCAGUACACAGUCACUGAAUGCAUCUGGAGGUAGCGGAUCUGGAUGGGUUUCGCCACCACUUGGCCUAGCAACUCGAGAGAAUUCCAAGAGAACACCAAACCGAAACAUUGGAACUACGCUUUAUCAUUCUCCACGAAAUACAACCCAAUAA